AUGCUAUUUGGUUUCGACACAGGCAGCUUUGGUGGUAUCUUGGCUAAUCCGGGAUUUAUCAACCAAUUUGGAACAUACGAUGCCGAAUCACAAACUUAUGCCUUCGGAGCGUCUCAGACCUCGGUUAUGUCGUCAGUACCUUUCUUCGGCAAGUUCCUCGGAUGCUUGUUUGCUGGUCCAGCGAUUGAAAAGUAUGGUCACCGCAUGGUCUUUGUGCUACUUUCUAUAAUAUCAUGCGUUGGGGUCAUUAUGGAAAUUACCGCUGCAGACUCAUCAUACGGUUCUGGCCGUUUUGCGCAGUUCGUCGUCGGGCGUACUAUUGUCUAUAUCUCGAUUGGCCUUGUCGAGGUUGAUGUCACCACGUAUCAAGCAGAGAUUGUCCCGGCUCCUCUCCGUGGUCUUGUCGUGAUUUCUCUACAACUAUUUUUGACCGCAGGUACCGUCGUUGCCACAGGUGCCAACAAGGCAUAUUCCACAUACACUAAUGGUGUUGGCUGGAAAACAGUCACGGGCAUUCAAUUCAUCUUUCCCGUUUUGCUCACCUGUUUUGUGUUCUUUAUCCCUGAUUCUCCUCGCUGGCUUCUUUCCAAGGACCGUGAAGAAGAUGCUAUCGUAUCACUGCGCCGCCUGCGAAACAAAGAUGACAACGACCGGGGACGGUUCGAUGAAGAGAUUCGGGCUAUCAAAGACGCUUGUAGUGACCAAGUGCAUAAAGCGCCGUGGCUCGACGUAUUUCGUGGCACCAACCUUCGCCGAACACUGAUUGUCAUUGCCUUUUACUUUUUCCAACAGACGACCGGUCAAGCCUUUACUUCAACCUUCCAAACCGUCUUCUACAAAGAGAAUGGUUACGCUGACAAGGCCUUUCUUUACCCCAUUAUUACCAGUGUUCUGGGCACAAUUGCGGUUAUUCCAGCCAUGUAUCUGGUUGACACCCUGGGACGACGAUACACUCUGAUGACUAGCUACAUCCUACAACUGUUUUGGCUGUUCAUGCUGGCUGGUCUUGGCGGAAGAUCUGAUAAAUCCGCAGCCGAGAAGAAUACCGUUGUAGCUGCCUUUAUGCUGUUCUCAUUCUCUUAUAAUAUGGGUAGCGCAUCCAUCCCGUAUCUUAUCGGUGGUGAGAUUCCCAAUGCUUCCGUUCGUGAAAAGACACAGUCUUUGGGAGCAGCGUGGAAUGUCAUCUGGGUUUUUGUCACAAACUACAUAAUCCCAUACCUAAUCAGGGACCUCCACUUUGGUGUCGGUUGGGUGUUUGGUAGCGUGUCGGGAGUGGCAUUCCUUUUCACGUUCUUCUUCCUCCCUGAAACUAAGGGUCGUGCACUUGAGGAAAUCGAUGCUGUCUUCGCGACCAGCUACAAUCCUUUCCGGUCGCAGAAGAUACAGUUUACUGCUUCAAUUGGCCAGCCUGGAGUGGACAAGGAUGUGGAUGGUGACCAUGGGCAUGAGAUUGGAGGAAAGCUUACAGCUGCCGAUGCAAAAGUCUAA